AUGCCUGAGAAUAACAAGAGUACUUCUGUCCAGCUCUGGCCUUGGCAGAAGCGAGCUCUCGAGAAGGGACGUACUCCUCUGCCUGAAAGUCCAGGAGAAAGGCCCUGGCUAAACCUUUCACCAGAUACUGAGAUAUCUGUUGCUCCUUUAACGGCUCUAACAAAUCUUGCCACACCGAACCAGCGCUGGUGGACAGAGAGUGAGAUGAGACGUCUCAUCCAGCUAAGAAACAGCGGGGAAUCCUGGGCCGCUAUCGCCGCACAAUUCCCAGGACGGACUCUUCAAGGAGUCAAGCAGACAUACCGCAAGCGUCGGUUUGCUACUGAGCUGCAAAUGGAGAAAGAGGCAUUAGCAGAGAGUUCUUCUCACGCUUCUCACAUUGCAGGUAACACUGGGAAGGACAAUCAGUGA